UUUUUUUGUAGUUUUUAUUUUCUGUUCAGAGAAAAAGAGAGAAAAAGAGAGAAGGGUGAAUAUGUCUGACGAAGAGCAUCACUUCGAUUCUCACGCAGAUGCAGGAGCGUCCAAGACGUAUCCUCAGCAGGCUGGUACCAUUCGCAAGAACGGUUACAUCGUCAUUAAAUCUAGGCCUUGCAAGGUCGUAGAAGUUUCUACAUCAAAGACAGGCAAGCAUGGACAUGCAAAAUGCCACUUUGUUGCCAUUGAUAUUUUUAACGGGAAAAAGCUUGAAGAUAUCGUUCCAUCUUCCCACAACUGUGAUGUUCCACACGUGAACCGCACUGACUAUCAGCUGAUUGAUAUAUCUGAAGAUGGCUUUGUGAGUCUGUUGACUGAUAACGGAAAUACCAAGGAUGAUCUUAGGCUUCCCACUGAUGACUCGCUGCUUUCUCAGAUUAAAGAAGGUUUUGCUGAAGGAAAAGAUCUUGUGGUUUCUGUCAUGUCUGCUAUGGGAGAAGAGCAGAUCUGUGCCUUGAAGGACAUCGGUCCCAAAAAUUAAAAUGAUGCUAUGGCUGUAGCUGUAGCUGAUAGCAUGCUUUUUAUUCUUGUGUUGCUAACAGGUAGUAUUAUAUUUUCCGUUGCAUGUGUGCAAAAUAAAUUUCAUCAGAUGGAAAUUUGCCUGUGCUUGAAAAACUUAAAUCCUUGCACAACAACGGUCUUGGAUUGGAUGAAAUUCUCAUAAAUGUCUCAUGUUUAUUUGUGUUUGUUGAGUUUAAUAUAUAAUACUAUUUCUA